ACAUCCCCCCUCUCUCUCUCUCUCUCUCGGUUUAGCGGCGGCAGGUGUUUGAUGAAAUCAUCUCCACAUUGAGCGCCAUUGCAUGUUUUUAUUUUGAAUCCGUGGAUACAUAAAUGUUAAAAAGAAGGAGAUGGACACUGCUGACUCGACAAAAGGAGACAGCACGGAUGCGAUAGUGAUGGAUGAUUGUUCUGCAGACAUCCCAGAUCUCUUUCCUCGUGGGAUCCCGGCGGUGUCGCUGUGCCCCCCCGACGGCGUGUAUCCUGGCCAGGGCCAUUCGAACGCUUUCCAAGCUGAGCGGGAACUAUGUGACAGCUGCAGCAGCCUUGACGGGCCCUCUUCCUCCAGUCAGCUAUAUCACCAAGUCCACCGGGGUCCAGCACAACUCCAAAAAUAUCCGCACUGCAACCCUUACCAUGCUCUCGACCUAAACACACGGCGAGAACCGAACAGCACCGUAAGCUCCGAUGCAGAGCCGGGCGAGCGGGUCAAUGUGGGACACAGCUGUGGCUCAGCCCGUCAAACGAUUCGCCAGCACGGUGCGACCAGAUGUCACUGGCUGCACGGGUCGAGCGAAGGCGACGUGCAGCAACGGACGCAGCGACACGUGGUGACAGUGGGAGAUGGAGGACUCUACUGCUUGGUGAGAAGUUAUUCCCAGGUGCUGGUGGACUACCCACUAGAGGUCCUUGUAGGAUGUGCCUUACUGGUCCUCGGAUGUUCUCUGGCUGGCCUCUUCAUAGGUCCACUGCCGGACUUCUCCGAGCCUCUGUUGGGCUUUGAGCCACGAGGGACACACAUCGCCGUUCGGCAGUCCAGCUUGUCCAGGCUGCAGGAGAACACUGGCCCGGGGAAAGUGUUAGGUCUGUUGCCGGAGCAGCUCAGUAAAAGCAUUGCUCCCAAUGCGGAGGGCAACCACAACACCUCUGGACUUCGAUUAAAGAGGAUGUUAGCCAGAGACUCGACUUCAGAGUCCUUCCUGUGCGACGCUCCAGGCCAGCGUUUCGCCCAGCUGGUGUUUCGCUCAGAAAACUCAGCCAGUCUCUGGAGCCUGAAGGCUAUCCAUGCCAUGUGCGAGAUGGAACAAUCCAGGAUACGCUCCCAGGCUCAGUUCCAGGAUGUGUGCCAGCAACAUGUGAGAGCCGAGGCUGAAGCAGCAUCCAGUAGUGGCUGCUGUCCCAGCUGGUCUCUGGGAAAUUACUUAGCUGUCCUAACUAAUGCCUCCUGCUGUCUAAGCUUAACCUCACACCAGGUCUCGGAGGCUCUCAAUCUUCUUCGAAGGUGUGCUCCUUACUACCAUGAAGGACACCUUGUGGAGACAUGUUUUCAAGAACCCAAGUAUGGUAGCUGUUCUUUUGUCCCAUCUCACUGCAAACAGUCCAGCAUAGUUUUCCAAAUUCUACAUUUCCUGGUCGAUAAAGACUUUCUGGGCCCACAGACAACAGAGUAUCAGAUUCCGACCCUCAAAUAUAGUCUUCUGUUUCUACCGGUGGAUAAAGGGGAACACAUGAUGGAGAUCUACAUGAGGACCCUGAAGGGAAGAGAUCUCACAUAUAAAAAUACAACUAUUACUGGCAUGGAUCUUGGACUCAAGCAGUCACUUUUCAAGUAUUAUCUCGCAAGAGACUCAGUGUUCCCAGUCCUCGCAGUAACUUCCCUUCUCUUCACAAUGGCUCUCUAUCUCCACUCCCUCUUCUUGGUGGUGUUAUCUGUGCUAGCAAUCACAGGUUCCCUCUUCACGUCCUAUUUCCUCUACAAAGUAGCAUUUCGCCUGACUUUCUUCCCCCUGAUUAACCUUUCGGCAGCGCUUAUUCUCCUGGGAAGUUGCUCCAAUCAGGUUUUGAUAUUUGCCGACUUCUGGAAUCUGCAGUUGUCCCAGAAGAACUCAGCCUCCCUAGAGAAGAGAGUGCACAGGGUUUUGCAGGAAAUGGGCUAUUUGAUUCUCGCGUCAGGAUUGACCUCCAGUGCAGCUUUUUUCUCUGGUUAUCUCAGCAGCAUCACGGCUAUCAGAUGUUUUUCUGUUUAUCUGGGCACCGCCUCUUUAGUCAGCUCUCUCUUGGUGCUGGUGUGGCUGCCGUGCGCUUUCAUCUUGCGUGAGCACUACACAGAGUCAUCCUCUGCAUCCGCCCCACUGCAGGGGUGGAAACCCUGUUGCGCCAGAAACCCGGUUGGCUUCUGGAAUGAGAGCUCACGCAAGAGAUGCCUCUUCACCUUCGGGCAGAAACUGAGAGAGCUGAAACGAGGCCUCGCUGACACGUCUAAUAUAGUGUUCCUCAAAAUCCUGCCGUGUGGAGUGGUGAAGUUCCGCUACAUCUGGGUGUGCUGGUUCGCAGUGCUGGCUGCGGGUGGCACGUACAUGUCCUGUUUCGACCCGGGAAUGAAGCUGCCCACCCUUGACAACACAGUCACUCAGCUUUUCCGCUCCAGCCACCCAUUUGAGAGAUACGAUGCCGAAUAUCGUCACAUGUUUAUGUUUGAGAGACAAAUGAAUGGAGAAGAUAAGCCCGUGACGUUGACACUUGUUUGGGGCAUCAAACCGACUGAUAACGGAAAUCCCUUUAACCCCAAUAGCAAUAGCUCUUUGGUCCUAGACCCAGACUUUACAAUGAGCCAACCUGAUGCUCAGGUUUGGUUGAGGGACCUUUGUGGACGCGUGCAAAACCAAAGCUUUUACUCAGUGCCGUCCAUUGCGGACAAAGACACGACAAUAGAUAACGUCUGUCUUGUGGACCAGCUCGUACACUGGGUAUCUCUCAGAAGGUGCUCAGAGAGUCGUGACGCACGUCGUCAUUGCUGUAACGACAUCCCCUUCCCAUUCCCUGCUGGCAUCUUUGAGAGCUGCCUAAGUAUGAUGUUGGCAGAGAGGUCUGCUGAGGGACAUCUGAACGAAGGGGGCGGCCUGUACUUCCAGCCAGAUGGCCGCAUCGCCGCACCGGUGCUGGCAUUCAAAACCACCUAUCACCACAGCUUCAAUUUCAGCCAAACAAGUGUUUUCUACAGAGAAAUCCUGGCGUGGUUUAACAAAGAAAUAUCAGGAGCUCCGCAAGGGCUGGAGAACGGCUGGUUCAUCAGUCAGCUGUCUCUUUUUGACCUACAACAAGCUUUGAGCGCGGAGACAUUGGUGGUAGCAGGCACCUCGGUAUCUCUAACAUUUAUUUUGCUUCUCAUAACCACCUGGAAUAUUCCACUAAGUGUGUACGGGACUGUAGCUGUGGGUGGCAGUGUGUUUGUCACCGUCGGUCUGCUGGUCCUCCUGGAGUGGCAGCUUAGUGGGAUCGAGGCUCUCUUCAUCUCAUCAGCAGCCGGGCUCUCUGUUGACUUUGUGGCCAACUACUGUUUUUCCUACUGCUUUGCUCCACAUGCAGAUAGAAUAGGAAAAGUAGCACAUUCCACAAAGAGGAUGGGGUGUCCUGUAGCAAUAGUGUCUGGUGCUUUUUUCUGCACCGGGAUGAUCAUGUUGCCUUCGACGGUGCUGCUCUUCAGAAAAUUGGGAAUUUUCCUAUUUUUGGUGAAAUGUGUUGCAUGUGGAUUUGCCACUUUCUUUUUCCAGUCACUGUGUUGCUUCUUUGGCCCUGAGAGGAACUGUGGCAGGAUUCCACUCCCUUGUUUGUCAGACCCGUCUGGUGGGAUGAUGUCUUCCUGCUCCGGGGCAGAAAAAGGCCCCUCGUCCACUAACGGUGCUUUCGACUCAGCUCGAUUUAAAAGGACCUUCAGCAAAGCAGGUGGUUACGCCUACCCCAACCAGAAUACGGGGGAUCAGAUGGUAGCAGGAGGCGGGGCCAGAGAGCCGGAGCAGUACGAGCUGCAGCCUUUGGCCUAUCGACUUAGUGACAGCUUUGAGAACAGCACCUGCACCAGCAAGCUGUCCAACAGACCUUCCAUGCUUUCUGACGAGAUUGAGUACUGCGGUAGCGAUGGGGCCUUGGCAGGGGAAACUGGGCAGAUUUGCGGUCGUCAAGUACCAGCCGCUCUGCAGACCUCAUCUCCGUACAAAGAGCACCUAACAAGAUCUGUAGGCCCGGCAAAGGAUGACAUGACUCAUGGCAAGAGGUUGUGUAAAUUUUGCCAAGAUUCUUCUACAACACUGCAACACUGGACCAAUAAAACAUUCUCCUCCUCUUCUAGCAUGAAUGAGACCAUAACAAGCCACACUCUUGAAACCACUGACCAGCCAUGCCUGUGCCCAGAUGAGCAAACAGCAAAAGAGAGAUUCCUUCAGGCCUCCUCUCAGUCUGUUAGCUCCUGCGAAUUUCUGGAUGAGUCUAAUGAAACGUGUUUAAGCGACAUUGAACCAGGUCCUUCCAACGCUCAGCCAAAGAAUGAAAAAGCUCAGUUACAACCGGGACACUUGAAUGGUAAAAGAGACACAUUACGUCUCUCGCUCAGGGAGACAGUUUACGAGACUUCCCGCAGCAGUCAGACUGAGAAUAUUGUCAUUUUACCCAACAGCAAGCCGGACUUGCCAGACGUUUGGAUAAAGAGAGACGGACAACGAGAGGACAUGCUUUAACAUAAGGAGGGAUCACAGUGUGUUGUCUUAAUGUUUUUACACAAGUACUUGCAACAACUAAACAACAAUCACUUACAUAAAACAUUGCACUUUCAGAAAUGGAGAAAUGUGCAACAACAGUCCUUUGCAGUAUCAAUGCGAUGGUUUUACCUAUAAUUUAAUUCAAAGACUAGAAAGUGAUAUGUUCCCAUUUCUUUUUUUUCAAGCCAACUUGUUAAAUUACAUUCAAAAUGAACAUAUUUUACUUCUGGGUUGGAGCAAGUAAAUAAUGCUCCCUAAAUCGUUUUUUGGGGCGUAGGAAUGGCUUCAACUGUAUUAUAAUUGCCCACUGAAAUAAUAGAGAAACUUGGAUCAACCUUUCAUAGACUAAAAUGGUAAAUGGAUUAUACAUGUAUAACGCUUUUCUACCUCCAGGUACUCAAAGCGCUUUGAUACUAUUUCCACAUUCACCCAUUCACACACUGAUGGUGAGAGCUGCCAUGUAAGGCGCUAACCACAACCCAUCAGGAACAAGGGUGAAGUGUCUUGCCCAAGUACACAAAGCACGUGAGUAGGAUAGCGGAAGCUUGGAUCGAACCUGGAGGCAUCAAGUUGCUGGUGACGGCCGCGCUACUACCCGAGCCACAUCGGUUGACUAACCUCAAUUCGACUUGUUGGUUAAAACAACGUAAGGUGAAGCAAUGAAGAAGGGUAAGGCCACAAAUCAGCAUUAUAGAUGUUGUGUGUUCAAGUAUGUUAAAUGUCAACUAAUAGGCUGGUUGGUACAGUAAAGGUAUGAGACAAGAGCUUAUAUUUAAAGUUAGCCUUGUCUUUUUUCAGCAGUGUGCAGUUGUACAACAAACAAAUGGUUCAGGGUUCAAGAAAAGGACCAGCAAAACACACUACAAAUACAGUGUAACCAGUCCAGUUUGCUUUUUGUGAAGAUGAUGUGCUUGGUCUUGUGUGGCCAUUACAGAUGUCUGAAACAGUUUAUUCUCGUAUCUGUGACCAAAAUGGGUGUAAUGCAAAAGAAGUAUGUGUGGGUCUCUGUGUGGAUCAACAUGUGCCUAUGUUUUUGUAAUAAAACAAGACUAACCGCUGACUUUGUUUAAAAAAAAGCCACUUUUGAACAGAAAGCAACUUCAUGAUCAUGCGAAACAAAGAACCAAAAAGGUACAACGACUAAAUGUCGUUUGACUGCGGAACCACCUGUGCUGUGUCUGUGUUAGUUUUUGAGGUGUAACUUUAACCAAUAAUAAAUGACAAGGUUUCACAAGAAAUUAACAAAGGGAUAAUUUAUUCCAGGCUUGCCUUACUGAAGCCGAAAGAAAAAAUGAAAGCACUUCGAAUGUUAUUGAACAGCUGAUAUUAACACGAGACUUUAUCCCACAUUGGAAUUUACUUGAUUUGCAUUAUGGGAUGUACAUUACAUAGAAACUAAAAGCACACAGAAAGCAGAAGACUACAUAAAUAGUGUCACUGUCCAAUGAUCACCUCAUAGGUUACAAGACCAUGAUUUAAUGUUUCUGAGCGAUGAUUCUAAUCACAGGGGUCUUACUUUGUAGAACCAAAGUGUUGCAUUUUUGGUUAAUGAGUGUGGUAUUUCCAGCAGAUAAUUACAAUAAUGUAUAUUCCCAGAUAAUGUAUAUUCUGAUUAAUCAAAAUCGAGUUGCUAAAUUAGUAACCAAAUUACAUUAUGGAUAAUUAUAAUUUUAAGGUAAACUAAAUAUUGAAAUGUUGAGUAUCCCUUCAUCGUAGAAAACCCAAAUUACAUUCCAUAUAACAGAUGUCAAACUCAAGGCCAGGGGGUCAGAUCUGGCCCGGCACAUUAUUUUCUAUGGCCCUCAAAAGUCUGGAAAUAAUAUGCAAAAAUAAAGUACUUACUCUUCUAUUACUAAAUGUAUUUGUUCUUUAUAUGUAAAGGAUGCCAUUGCUUAUCUUUGAAAUUAAUACUAGCUAAAAAUGCUACAAAAUGAUAUUUUUUAGUUAAAAUAGAAAAAAAUAACCAAACAUCUGCUUGAUCUAUGAUUACAAAGCAAGUUAUCCAUCAAAUUGUACCCAACAGAUUUUACAGUAAAAAUAUAUGGCAUGACAAAGCUGACAUUUCUCUUGAAAAGGAAGUUAACGUGAGACAAGAUUUGUCAUCAGACAGUGAGUCUAUGUCAAGUAAGCCAUCAGAGAAAAUGGAAAAACAGAACCUACUAAACAUACACAUAAAUUACACCUGGAUCAGCCCCUUAAGGUGAUGUGCGGAGAGGGAGGGACGAGGGUUCUUGCUUUAUUCCACUUCCACCCAGUCCUCUUUGGCCCAGCCAGGCAACUGUGUUGAGUAUUCAAAGUCUGGUCCUUUGUAGCGUAAAGCGUGCAGGUACAUGAGGAGUUCCUUGUGCGUGGGAUCAGCUCGCACUAGUCUGCACUCACUACAAAGAUGGUCAAUGGUUGUUGGACUACUUGGCAGCAGCUCUUUUUGGUCUCCAUGCCAUUGGUCUUGAGGUUCUUGGAUAGAGGCGUUGUCUUUGCUCUCUUCUGAGGUGGACUGUUCGAUGAUUUCCCUGCUUUCUCCACUUUUUUCAGUUUCACAUGACCCAUCAUCCAAUUUCUUGUCUUUCUC